AUGCCGACCUCCAUGAAGCCAGAAGAGGAGCAUCACCCCCACAUGACCCUCCGGUCCGCAGACAAGGACAAGAGCAAGGACAAAGGCAAGGAAGAGAAGAAGGACAAGAAGGAAAAAAAAGAAAAGAAGGAGAAAAAAGAAAAGGAGAAGAAAGAAAAGAAGGAGAAAAAGGACAAGAAAGAAAAGAAGGAAAAGCGGGCUCGGAGUGACUCUGACAACGACGACAACGACGACGACAAAGAUUCUUCCUCCAACGACAAGAAGAAGAAUAAGAAGAAGAAAUCAUCGGCAACAGCAACCAAGGACACUGAUAGCACCAGCAAACCGGCGAUCAAAAGACUCCGUCAUUUGGAAUCCUCUCCACCACCCGCCGAAACCCCGCGCGACUCGACCCCCGAACCGGGCGCAACCCCCCAAUCGGCCGAGGACGCCGUCCCCGAGAACUUGCGUCUCACCAGUUACAAGAUCUCGCCGGCUACCGUUGCUGCUCUGGCGAACCGUGGGAUCCAUGCGUUGUUCCCGAUUCAGGCGGAGACGUUUGAUCAUAUCUUUAAUGGACAUGAUGUUUUGGGACGGGCUAGGACAGGUACGGGAAAGACGCUUGCGUUUGCGUUGCCGAUGGUUGAGAUACUUUUGAAGGAUAAGGCGGGAGUGAUGGCGGAGCGUGGGCGUGCACCUCGUGUGCUUGUUCUUGCACCGACGAGAGAUCUGGCGAUCCAGGUAUCGAACGAGUUUACAUCUAUCGCCCCCAACCUGAAAUCCAUCUGCGUCUACGGAGGUACGCCCAUGCACGAACAAACAGCCUACCUCCGCAACGGCGUCGAUGUCGUCAUUGGUACCCCGGGUCGAUGCCUCGACCAUAUCAACCGAGGAAACUUGCGACUGGAUAAUGUACGGUUUGUUUGUUUAGAUGAGGCGGAUCAGAUGUUGGAUAUUGGAUUUGCGGACGAUAUGGAGCAGGUUCUGCAGCAUGUACAGACUCAGAAGGAGGCGAGGGGUGACUCUGCGCCAAAGCAUCAGACGCUGCUGUUUUCUGCGACGGCCCCAGAGUGGAUUAAGCGGACAGUGCAAAAGUAUUUGGAUACCAAGUAUAUUAAUGUCGACCUGGUGGGCAACUCGAAGGUCAAGACGAAUGAGAAUAUUCGACAUUAUGCGAUCCCGUCGACGUGGCAGUCGCGCAAGGAUGUGAUUGGAGAUGUCGUCGCGGUUUAUGGUGGGAACCGGGGGUUGACGGUCAUCUUUGCCAAUACCAAGGCGGAGGCGGACGAGUUGGGUCUGACAGACAAGUUGAGAGGGGACGCCAAGGUGCUGCAUGGAGAUAUUCCACAGGCGCAGAGAGAAUUGACGCUCCAGGGGUUCCGAGAGGCAAAGGUCAAGUGUAUCAUCUGUACCGACGUCCUGGCACGAGGAAUCGACAUCCCGAUGGUCGACCUGGUCAUCAACUGUCAGCCGCCCAAAGAUGUCGAGACCUACGUCCAUCGAUCCGGCCGUACCGGCCGCGCGGGCCGCAAGGGCGUCUGCGUCACCUUCUUCAAAGCCCAAGAAGAAUACAUGAUCCAAAACAUCCAACGGCGCGCAGGGAUGGAAAUGGUCAAAGUCGGCCCGCCACAACCGCAGGACAUCAUCGCAGCCACUGCACAGGACGCCGCAGAUAUCGUCGCCAAGGUCGUCAAGAACGUCAUCCCCAUGUUCAAACCCAUUGCCGAAUCCAUGGUCGCCGACGAGUUCAAGGGGGAUACGGUUGAAGCCCUUGCUGCGGCCCUGGCGCAGAUCUCGGGGUACGGUGCAGGAGUCCGAGCUCGAUCGUUGAUGUCUGCCGCCGAGGGGUUCACGACCAUGAUCUUCCGUCUGUCACACGAGAUCCAGCAUCCUGGUUAUGUGCGUAAUAUCUUGACGCGCAAUUUCCCGAAACUGGCCUAUGAUGAUGUCAAGGGGAUGAGGAUGACCAAGGACAUGAUGGGCGUGGUCUUUGAUGUCGUUUCGGAGAAGGUCGAGGUCGAUGAGGAGAAGGGAAUUAUCUUGUUGGGGGGCAACAAAUGGACGGAUCUGGAUAAUAUCCAACUCGAGGUUGCAAAGACCCUGCCAGAACUAGAGCAGCGGGUGGAUAGUGGGUAUGGAGGUGGUGGUCGUGGAGGACGUGGAGGAGGACGUGGAGGUUAUGGAGGUGGUCGCGGUGGCGGGGGAGGAGGACGCGGUGGAUUCCGUGGUGGACGCGGAGGAGGAGGUGGUGGUGGUGGUGGAGGCUUCCGUGGUGGUCGUGGAGGUGGCCGUCGCUAA